AUCUAUUUUUAACUCUUACGCAGUCCACGUUGUGCAAUGGGCUUUGGUUGUUGAGUUUAUAUUUUCAGCUGUGAUAUCAAUAGGCUGAUUUUCAGUAAAUGUGACAAGUGGCCUUUGCAGUGGUCAGCUUCAAGAUUUGAACCCUCUGAGGAGGAGAAAAAAACCCCCAAUCUUGUGUUGCAGUUUCAGAAAACCUUGGAUGAGGACAUUUUUUUUUCUCACUCCUGCUUUCCGUAUUGAUAAACUCGGUUCUCCUGAUCACAGUCUAUUCAAGCUGCUUCCCAUCUGAUUUUAACAACUAAAAAAUUCUCAAGAAGACCAAGAACAGAAUUUACUUCCAUCGCUUUGCAUAAAAAUGGCUGGGUGCAUUGCCAUGCUAGCACUGCACUAAGUGGUACACACAGGCUGAUAUGCAGUAGCCACAGAGUUCACAAAACUACUGAGAGGGUUUUGCCGGAAACACCUGUCGAUACCACUUUUAAAAGACUUUAACAGAAGAACAAACUGAUUUUAGAUGACAGUCAUGUCCUAUUCAAAGGAUCUCAAGGACGACUUCCACAGUGACACUGUACUUUCCAUUUUGAAUGAGCAGCGCAUUCGGGGUAUUCUAUGUGAUGUCACCAUAAUUGUGGAGGAUACCAAAUUUAAAGCCCAUAGUAAUGUUCUGGCAGCUUCGAGCCUUUACUUCAAAAACAUUUUCUGGAGUCGUACUAUCUGUAUUUCAGGUCAUGUACUGGAGUUAGAUGAUCUGAAAGCUGAAGUGUUUACAGAAAUACUGAAUUACAUCUACAGUUCCACAGUGGUUGUUAAGAGGCAGGAGACUGUAACGGACCUUGCAGCUGCAGGGAAAAAACUGGGAAUAUCAUUUCUAGAAGAUCUUACAGAUGUUAAUUUUUCAAGUUCCCCCUGCCCCUAUGGAUACUGUAUUAAUGAAAAAGGGACUGUCAAAGAAGAAAAACAUGAAAAGAGACAUGAAGACUCUGCUGUGACUAAUGGACCACGAAUUACAAAUGCAUUCUCAAUUUUUGAAACAGAAAAUAGUUUGUUUUCUCCACUAGAUUUGAGGGCAAGCUUUAAAAAGGUAUCAGAGGCAGCACAAGCACCUGUCAGCCUUGACAGAAGUGAUGUUUGCAAAGAUGCAGAGCCAGCCAGCACACUGGCUGAACACUCCUAUGCUGUGUCUUCUGGGGGAGAUAAUUUUCAAGGAACACCUUUUUCUGAACAGGACAACAGCCCUUCGUACAAGAUGGGUGGAGACCACUGUGAAAAUCGCCAAGCUACACCACUGAUUCAGCCAGGAAAAGAAGCCUGUAGUACUCCUAAGACAGCCUUUAAGCCCCAAAGUACUGGUUUGGCUGCAGCAAAAAGUCAAGUACCAGCCUCUAAAGGAACCACUACAGAAGCCCAACAGGAAGCUGUUACUGAUCAGACAAAUGGUUCCUUUCCAAAGCCUCAAAAUACAGCAGGAGAUUUCCAUUUAUCCAGAGAAGAGGAAGGCAGUUCUGCUAAUGUCUCUGGAUCUGUGGCAACAGUUGUUCCACCUGUUUACAAUUGUAACUCUUGUGCAAAAUCAUUCAGUGACAGUGCAUUACUCAGUACUCAUCUUGAGCUCCAUGCAGAGCAUCAGGAAACUUUCAUAUGCAAAUAUUGCAGCAAGCAAUUUGCAAAUCGAAAUAUACUGGAAAGUCAUGAGCAAGUCUGCAUGAGAUCAAGUAGCUUAUCUGUUCACAAUGCAAAUGAACAAAGUUUUGCGGAAGACUGUACUGCUACGGAAGGAAGGAAUGGAAGUUCAUAUGCAAAUACAGAGCCUCUAUUGUCUGAAAACAACAUCACCGAUUAUUCUAAUGCAAAUUGCUCUUUACCAGAAACAGAUCAUUUGGUUAAAGUUGUUGAUGGGCAGAUACUAUACACGUGUGUUGUUUGCAAGCGUAGUUAUGUAACAUUGUCAAGCCUUCGAAGACAUUCAAAUGUGCAUUCAUGGAGAAGAACAUAUCCUUGUCACUACUGCAACAAAGUAUUUGCAUUAGCUGAGUAUCGCACCAGACAUGAGAUCUGGCACACUGGAGAAAGGAGGUAUCAAUGCAUUUUCUGUCUGGAGACUUUUAUGACAUAUUAUAUACUGAAAAAUCAUCAGAAAUCUUUCCAUGCAAUUGAUCAUCGUCUCUCAGUAAAUAAAAAGACAGCCAAUGGAGGCUUGAAACCAAGUAUGUACCCAUACAAACUUUACCGGCUUUUACCUAUGAAGUGCAGGCGACUACCUUACAAAUCCUAUCGUAACUCUUCAUAUGAAGAUGUUCAAACGAGUAGCCAGGUUAAUGAAACUAACUGUUUCAUUCAGAGUUCUCUUAGCUCUGAGCUACCACCACUGAAUUUUCAAAGUAAUAUAAUAGCAAGCAACAGAACGCUUGCCUUGGAUACAUCUUCAUGUAAUGAUGCAGCAUCUUCCACGAACACUCAAAAUUCUUCCCCUUGGGGAGUAGGUGUCUUAAAUUCUGAUGUACAAAGGGACUUUUUCACAACUGAAAAAAGAGUGUCCACUGUAGCAAAUGACUCUGGUUCUCAAGACUGUGAUUCCUCAGUUGUGUCUUUGACUAAUGUAAAUGAAAAUUCAACAUCUGUCAUCAGUUACAGCAGUUCUGCACCCUCUGUUAUAAUGCACAGUAGCAGAGUUUCAUCAGUAAUAAUGCACAGUAAAACAGUCAGUUCCAUAGAAAACAGCAAGACAGAAUCUUCAGAUAAUCUUCUUAGUCAAUCUGUAAGUGAUGAUUGUAAAUACGGGUCAGAAAAUUAUGGGAAGGGCAGCACAAAAUCAAAAACUAUUAAGGAGAAAAAGAAAACGCUGCUGAACAACAGAGCAGAAGCAAAUGAGGAUAUACAGCAUGUUGCAGGAUCUGGAGGAUCAUCUAGCAAAACAAGUACUGCCCAAGAAUCAAGUAAAACUGAAACAUACAUUGCAAAGCCUGCCUUACCUGGAACAUCUACUGACAGUAAUGUUGCUCCUCUUUGUCAAAUAACAGUAAAAAUUGGCAAUGAGGCUAUUGUAAAAAGACACAUAUUAGGAUCUAAGCUGUUUUGUAAAAGGGGCCGAAAAUCUAAACAUGACUCCAAACAGGACAAUCUAAUAGAAGAAUCAGAAAUGGAGGUAAAAGAAAGAAGCCCAGCUAGGCUCUAUAACUCAGAAUGCCUGGAGCUGACAGAAAUGUGUGAUGAUGUCAGUGACCAGGACUCAAGUGAUAAACCCUGGAGACCCUAUUAUAAUUACAAACCAAAAAAGAGAUCAAAACAGCUAAGAAAACUGAAAAAGACCAAAUGGAGGAAAAAGCAUGGAAGCAAGAACACAAUUAUGGAGAACCACAACACAUGCAAUCGAGAGUAUGCGCUGAGGAAUGCUCCUGAGGAAAAGGUUAUCAGUCAAGAAGAGAAUGCAGAAAUGCCUAAUCUUCAAUGUGAGCUCUGUGAAGAAGAUUCAUCUUCCACUGCAGAAAUUCAAGAACAUGUACAUUGGCAUGUAGCUACUUCAAAGCCUUAUAUUUGUGAAUUAUGCCAAAAACAAUUUCAAAGUCCAUCCACUUUAAAAAUGCACAUGAGGUGUCACACUGGGGAAAAGCCCUACACUUGCAAAACAUGUGGUAAAUGUUUCUCAGUUCCUGGAAAUCUACAGAAGCAUGAACGUAUUCACCUGGGUGUCAAAGAUUUUGUCUGCCAAUAUUGUAAUAAGGCUUUCACUUUAAACGAAACACUCAAAAUACAUGAAAGAAUUCAUACUGGUGAAAAACGCUACCACUGUCAGUUCUGCUUUCAGAGCUUCUUGUACCUUUCUACCAAAAGGAACCAUGAGCAAAGACAUGUGCGUGAGCAUAAUGGAAAAGGAUAUGCUUGCUUUCAGUGCCCCAAAAUUUGCAAGACAGCAGCUGCUCUGGGAAUGCAUCAGAAGAAACAUCUAUUCAAACGUCCAUGUCCACAAAAUAGAAAAGGACAAUUUUGCAAUGAAAGCACAAAACUGUUGGAAAAUCCAAAUUUCCUUGGCUCAGAAGGAAGUGUAGUAAAAAAACCACAAAAUGCAACUCCAGAAGUUAUACUGUGAGUGACAGUUGUGCAAAAAAGAAGAAAAAUCUAAAACUAAAUACUGGAGAAAAUACAUUGCAUGGGGAAAAAAUCUCCACUCAAAUGAGUAUCAUUUACUACAAUCAAAUUUCUUCAUCUAAAUGUGUCAAUAUAUGCAAAAGAAGGAAAAACAACAUGAAAGAAAAAAAUAUUAUUUGCAAUAAUAGAAACUUAAUGACCCAAAAUACUUUUGCCACGAUAGACUUAUAAGAGAUAUAUAUAUGAGAGACAGAGAGAAAAAGAAAAUGAAAAAAAAUGAUCAACCAAACCCCUUCUACUUAUCAUUACAGGAAAGUAGUCACUGAACUAUUUUACAGUGUUGCUUUGGAGUCAGAAUCAUCCUGGGCAAAAUAAAUAUGUAGGUUCACAGUGUAGUCUGUAGAAAGAAUUUCUGCUGCAGAAAACAUAUAUUGCAUUUUUUAGCAAGAAGUAAUGUGUUUAUAAACAAAAUACUUGUAAUUUAGUGUAUUCUAAAGUAAAAGUGGGAAACAUUUCAUGAUCUUGCAUAUGCUGAAGUACAGUUGAGUUCUGGUGUGCUUUUCUGUAACUCAACAUUUACAGAACAUAUUCAAGAGUUUAACCUCUGUUCCUUUACAUAAUCAGUUUUGUAGUUACCAUAAUAUAACCAUUAAGUCUGAGUGCUUGUGUGGAAAGUAUUCCAGAUUUAUUAUAUCUUUGAGACAUUUAAUAAAGGUUCAGCGGAACUCACAGGAGCCAGUCUUCCAAACUGCAUAAAUCCCAAUGUCACUGGCCUAGUGAACUAUUUAGGUGCAUUUGUCUAAAGAAAGUUGUUGUUAUGAAACAGCCUAGCUUAGAGAAAUCCUGUAGUAAGUGUCCGCCUCCUGGUGGGUCUGCAGCUCCUGUCUUUCAGAAAUACCAUUCUCAGCAGAAGAGGAGAUAAAUACAGUCUUCCUCUUCAGCCUGGUAUAACGCCUGGACAGCAAACAACAGAGCCACUCUGCUUAAAUUCUUUGAAUUUGUGAGAAGCAGGUAAAUACUAAACAUUCUUGUUUCCAUAUAUAUGUAUAUAUCCCUGAGGUAGUCCCUAUGUGUAAACAGGGAUAGGGCCAGUUUGUGGGGUUUCCUGUCAUCCCCAUGCCUUAAAUACAUUUAACCUUUGUAUGUCCCUUCUCAGUCAUCCCUAACCAUGGCAACACUUGGCCCUAGCCAAGUUUUGGCACAUUGCUCCCUGGCCCAGCUCAGGGGGCCCAUUACAGAGAGCUGCCUGGAACACAUGCUGGAGGGAGAAGUACUGCCUCCCUCAUCCUGCAACACCAGGGUUACUGGGAGCCUUACAGCUUCACAGUUUGCAAAGGAUUGGCAAAAUAGGUUUAUAUGAUAAGAAUUACAAUAACAAUUUUGUGAAAAUGUGAUUAAUUUUAACAGAGAUUGAGAAAUUUUUCUAAAGUCAAGGAGGGUAUAUGUCUACAAGUUGUAUUUUAUAUGACAGGGCUCUGUUGUACUGUAUCUGCGUUUCCAGCUAGUCAUGUACCUUCAUCUCUCCGAAGUGUUAAAUUAAGUUGGGACAAAGGUUUAUGAACCCCAGCUUGAUUCUACGUGCAAAUUUGGUACACAGUUUGUUUACUUUGUCUUCUUGAAUAUUUUAAAAGAAACUAUGGCUUGGGUACAAUAAAACUACAAUUGAAAUGAGAAUACAGUAUUGAUUGAAGUAAUAAUAUAGUCCACUUCUUUAUUCUAUUAUUGGGGAAUGCUAUGAAUACCUUAAGAAAUCUGGGUUUUGUGGCAGCUUUGGUUCCAUUUAAUUAAGCAUAAUAGAAGAAUAAACACAGAUAAGUAUGAUGUUUUGAAGACAGUAUAGAGAUAUGUUCUAAGUGGACACAUAUGGUGAUAAUUAUAGACCAAAGCAAAUAAGGUAGAAUAUUUGUAAAUAUAAAGAUAAUUUUACAGAUAUUUUAUAUAACUGUAUAAUUCAUAAGAAAAAUAUUAAUAUCUCAUGUUAGGUUUUGGGGGGUUUGUAUAUUUUGAUAAAAACAAUGACUUUGUAACUCUGUAUAUUCUCUACAGUUUAUAGCAAAGCAGUUUUAAGAUGGCAAUGUCAUGUUUAUAGUUUAAUUGUGGCACUUUUACUACAAGUAACACAUGGCAGUAAUGAGUUAAGUAUUAAUGACCAUAUUAGGAUUAAAGUAAGUGUAAGAGAAGGCAAAUACUAUAAGUUGUCAAUGUAAUUUGCUACAUAAUCACAUCUGUAUUUUUGUUUAGAAAAUAUUAAAUGCAGAUGCUAAGGA